CUUGUUAGGCCUCGUCAGUUGUCAAAUUGUCAUGACAUUUUGUUGCACUGAAAUCUAAAAAUAAUAGUAAAUUAACAAAAGAUAGGCCGAUUUUCUUAUUCGUUUUAGUGUUUGUAACAUCACAAAAUGUCGGAUAUCAAAAUUGUGGCAGCGAGUAUUGUAAACUUUCUAAAACAGCAGCUGGAAGGCGACAUAUUGAGCGUUGAUUCUCGGGAGAGCGUAGAGGUUGGCGUGCAAUGCAUUGAAACCGCAUUUGAGCUGAGUCCUGAAGACGCUGCUCGCGGCGUGGACCUGUUGCAGCUGAUAAGGCAGCAGCGCAGCGGCCAGCCCGCGCCCAACCGGGCCGAAGCAGAGCGAUUGAAGAACGAAGGCAACGAACUGAUGAAAGCGGAACGUCAUCGGGAAGCGCUGGAAAAGUACACACUCGCAAUAGAGAUUGACCCGCGCAACGCUGUAUACUUUUGCAACCGCGCCGCUUCGCAUUUCAAACUCGGAGAGAACGAAGCAGCUGUUGCGGACUGCAUGGCCGCGUUAGCUCUACAGCCAGAUUACGGCAAAGCCCACGGUCGUCUAGGUUUAGCUUUGACCGCGCUCGACAGACAUCGCGAGGCGAGGCAAGCGUUCGCGCGUGCUUCUCAGUUAGAGCCCGAAAACGAAUCUUACAAACAGAACUUGCGAUUAGCCGAUGAGAGGCUGACGCAGCGUGGCGAGCGCGGGCCAAUGGACCUCGGAGGCUUGCUGCAGAACCCGGCACUCCUAAAUAUGGCCACAGAAAUGCUGGCGGAUCCUAACAUGCAGAACCUUAUUUCUGGUUUGAUGACUAACACAACUGGCAAUGCAGCGCCUGGAGCGCCCACAGGGAUGAAUGCACUGUUAGAAGCUGGCCAGGCCCUCGCUCAACACAUGCAGGCUUCAAACCCCGAUUUAGUAGAGCAGUUGAGGAGGCAGGUGCGUCCGCCAGGGCCCGGCGGCAAUCCGCAGUGAAUCUUUUAUCCUAGUCUCUUAAGCCAUCAAUAGAUAUGGGUAAUACGGUUUCGGAUGACCUGUCUGCCUUCUAUAGAUACUAUUUGGAGCUGUAAUAAAUUAUUUUCAAGAAACUAGUUACUGUUUUGAUUAAAUUUAUAGACAAAUUGUAUGCAUAAUAUUGUAUUUUAUUGAAUAGUGAAGUUUCACUAUAUUUGUUCAUUUAUGGGAUAUUGAUGUCUAAAACUAUCAGAUGUAGAUAACUGCACGAAAUACAAUUGUCAUUUAUAUACCUGUAAAUUGGGUCAUGCAUUUAUAUUAUUUACUUGAAAUUCACUAUAUUUAAUUCCUUAAAUAGUAAUUAAUAUUCAUAGAUGCUAUGCUGUUAGAGUAUAUUGAAAAAAUAAGUAUACUUACUUAAUAUUGUGAAGUUAUGGACUGAUUGUGUUCAGGAAAUAAACAUUUACGACUCAAAUCAUGUACCAAAUUAAAUGAGGGAACGCUUCAGUUCAUCUCAAUAUCUAUGUGAAAUAUUGGUGUUUUAUCAAUAAAUUACCUUCGAUUCAA